AUGACCGACACCAAGGAUCAGUCGAAGGCCCAGAAGAAGGCCGAAAAGCAGACCAAGCAGGCCAAGCAAACCACUGUCCCUGUUGUCGGCGGCAAGAAGACCGACGAUAUCAUCGGCAUUACCGUCAAAAAGUCGGAGAACUUCUCACAAUGGUACCAGGAAGUCGUGCUCAAGGCCGAGCUGAUCGAGUACUAUACCGAGAUCUCGGGCUUCUUCAUCAUGCGCCCGGCCACCAUGUACAUCUGGAACACCAUUCGAAAGUGGUUCCAAGAGCGCAUCGAGGCAAUGGGUGUCGAGGAGACCAGCUUUCCUAUGUUCCUGUCCCAGAAGUCGCUGGAGAAGGAGAAGGCCCACGUCGAGGGCUUCGCCCCUGAGCUCGCUUGGGUGACUAAGGCUGGCGAGAAGGAUUUGGAUGUCCCUGUUGCGGUCCGUCCGACCUCUGAGGCCGUCAUGUAUCCUUACUAUGCCAAGUGGAUUCGCAGCCACCGCGAUCUGCCCUUCCGCCUGAACCAGUGGAACUCGGUCGUCCGGUGGGAGGCAAAGCAAACUACCCCCUUCCUCAGAGCCAGAGAGUUCCUUUGGCAAGAAGGACACACUGCCCAUCUCACCGAGGAGCAGGCUGCUAAGGAGGUGCUCGAGAUUCUCGAGCUGUACGCCGGUAUCUACGAGCAGCUUCUUGCUGUUCCAGUUGUUCGCGGCAGGAAGACGGAGGCCGAAAAGUUCGCUGGCGGCUACUACACGACGACAGUAGAAGGCUACAUCCCCUCGAACGGCCGUGGCAUCCAGGGUGCCACCUCACACUGCCUGGGCCAGAACUUCUCCAAAAUGUUCGACAUUACUGUUGAGGAUCCGAACGAGAAGGGCAAGCACCUUUACGUCUGGCAGAACUCGUGGGGUCUCUCGACCCGUGUCAUUGGUGUCAUGGUCAUGAUCCACGGUGACGACAAGGGCCUCGUCCUGCCCCCACGCAUCGCCAAGAUCCAAUCCAUCCUCAUCCCUGUCGGUCUGACCGCGAAGAUGACCGCCGAGGAGAAGGAAGCCCACCUCAAGAAGCUCGAUGAGAUCCUCGAUAUCCUCAAGAAGGCCGGUGUUCGUGCCGAGUCCGAUCUGCGCGACGGUUACACCCCGGCCUGGAAGUUCAACGACUGGGAGCUCAAGGGCGUCCCGUUGCGUAUCGAGUUUGGUCCCAAAGAUGCGGCCAAGGAUGUGGUUAGCUAUGCCCGCCGCGACACCGGCGAGAAGGGCACGAUCCCGAUCGCCGAGCUCACCACCAAGGUUCCCGAGAUGCUAGAGACCAUCCAGCAGGAUAUGUACAACCGCGCCGAGAAGGCCUUCCGCGAGCACCGCCUGCAAAUCACCAACUGGGACGAGGUCGUUCCCGCGCUCGACGCCAAGAACUUGGUCAUCAUCCCUCACUGCCUGGUUCCCGAGUGCGAGGAACAAAUCAAGGAGAUGACCAAGGGCCGCUCUGACGAGUCGCCCGAUACCCCCGAGGGCCAGAAGGCCCCGUCCAUGGGCAUGAAGAGUCUGUGCAUUCCCUUUGAGCAGCCCGAGGGUAUCGUCAAGGGUGAGACCAAGUGCCUGAACCCGCAGUGCAGCCGCUUCGCCGAGGCCUGGUGCAUGUUUGGCCGGAGCUACUAA